AUGAAGGAAAACAAGUUCUCCCAACCAAUUUUGCUCUCCCAACUAUCGCUGCUGGUCUUGUUCUUGAUCUUGAUCCCAUCAAUGGCGGAUACUUCGUCUCCAUCUGAGGCCCAAGUUCACAUAGUUUACACCGAAAGACCUGAAGGCCUCGAAUCGGAAGCGUAUCACAUCAAAACCCUCGCAUCUGUUCUUGGCAGUGAGGAUGCUGCAAAGGAUGCUUUGUUGUAUAGCUACAAGCAUGCUGCAAGUGGGUUCUCUGCUAAACUGACUCCCGAUCAGGUUUCUCAGAUCUCCAAACAACCAGGUGUUCUUCAGGUCGUCAAAAGCGAAACUCUCCAGCUGCAUUCGGGACCUGGGAAGAUGCGAGUUUGA